AUGUCUGAGAGCGAACCACAACAGCAGGUUGCCGCUGAGCUUGACGCCGAGAUCCUGGCCAACACGGCGUGGGUGACGCAGCACAUCGAGCGGGUCGAAGCGACCUGGCGGGCCGGCGCGCAGGAGUCGGCACUGAGCCUCAUCGACGAGGGUCUGGUGAGAGUCCGUAGAUGGCGCGACGUGCGGCUCUGGGAGAUGCUGCUGCUGCGGCAGCGGUACAGGGUGCUCAUGAUGAUGCGCCGCCGGGAGGAGGCCGAGGAGGCCCUGGGCGAGGCGGAUCGCAUCAGUGAGAGCCUGCGCAAGCUGUCGGAUUGA